AUGUCUGCAUGUGGGCUGCCAUCUCUGUGGAGGCUCUGGACAUUUCUGGGCUGUGCGGCUGCCAUCCAUCGUCGCUCGCCGGGAUUCUGGCUAAUGGCUAACACCGACACUCCAGGCUACUCCACCGUCAUCUCCACACCGCUUCGGAGUUUCCAUUACAUCAGCACUCCCUCUGGUCAACUCCAACUACCUCACCGACCCCGCUACAUCCACAGAGGAUCUGGUCGCCGGUUUGUUUUGUCCAAACACGACGAUCCUGGUAACUCUCACCGAGCCAUUACAUCCCUCUGGUCGGCUGGUUGGCUGGUCGCACAACAAUGGCGUCAUCAGAACGCCGCUACUACAACCGCUAAAGUCAGGAGCGUGUAUGGCCGGGUGGAUAGAAAACCCGGAGUGGACUACAGCGUCCUGCGCCCCCUAAACGGACCGGACUCCGCAAGCCAUUCCACACUGGAACUACUCAACGUUCAGUCACUCACAAACAAAGCCGGACUCAUCAACGACCACAUCACAGACAAACAAAUUGACAUUCUCUGCCUUACAGAAACCUGGCAACAGCCUGAGGUCUACUCUCCCCUCAAUGAGGCCUGUCCCCCUGGGUACAGCUACCUCAGCAAGGCCAGGACUACCGGUCGGGGGGGUGGCCUCGCUGUUUUUCACCGCAGCACCAUUCAAACCUCUCUACUGUCUGCCCCACCCUUCAACACUUUUGAACACCUGGUUUUUAAUUGCAAACACAUCACAUCGCAUAACACCACCUCUGCAACCAUAGCACUCAUUUAUCGCCACCCCAAACCACAUCCAUCAUUCCUCUCUGAAAUUCAUGACUUUCUCAUCUCACUUUGCACCUCACACUCAAACGUUCUGGUUCUGGGGGACUUCAACAUCAAAUGCACUCACUCUCCUGCAAACUGGCUGCUGAAUUCAAACAGGGUCUGGACUGCCUCAAUCUCCAUCAAUCCGUUGUUGGACCCACCCACACAAAGGGCCACACACUGGACCUGGUCAUCACAGACUCCAUCCACAUCUCAGACCUUCACGUCCAGGACAUUGGCAUCUCAGACCAUUAUGCAGUCACCUUCAGGACCCCUCUACCCUCCCCCCUCACCAAACCACAGCACCUUAUAUCAUUCAGAAAUUUCAAGAACAUUGACUCCACCUCCUUCAGUCAGCAUCUCCAGCUCCUCUCUCCUCCUCCAAACACAUCACUUACUGAUCUCAUGGACUACUACAACCACAAUCUUCACUCUAUCCUUGACUUUCAUGCUCCUCUGA